AUGUCAUCUGACGAGGGAAACUGGUCAUCAAGUUCAAGAGUACUCAUGUAUAUGUGGGGCGACUCCAAGGUUCAUAAGAAGAGAUUCGUAGCGAACUUGCAUCACAUUACAACCAAAGCUCAGUUUCAAAAAUGGCGCACCGGCUUUACUUCUGCCAUACUGAGCAAUGUGCAUGUCAGGUUGGUAGAGCCUUCGAUCAACGAUAUGGCUCGCGUGGACCUGAACAAUCCAAACGCGAGGAUGAUCACAUUUAGCCCAUUUUACUUUUCAUUGGGCUUCACGUUCCCAAUGUGGAGGUUCUCUAAGAGGGUGUUCGAUACCUUGGGGUGUGCUCCUAAUCAGUGUACUCCAAACGUAUACCGGACAGUCAUCUGCUUUGACAACCUGAAUCGCUUCUUCAAGCUGGCUUGA